AUGGUUGCUACCAUGUCACCUUCAACUAAUUAUCCUUCUAAAUCCAAUACCACCAUUAACAAUCUCUUCAACGAUUCCCUCACCGAAAUCUUUUGUAGACUCUCUUGCAAAUCCCUCUUAACAUGCAAAAGUGUUUCACAACAUUGGCUUGCGCUUAUUUCUGAUCCUAAUUUCCAUUCCUUAUACCUCACUCACCAAAGCACCCUUUUCCAAGACAUGCAGGCCCAAGGAGAGGACCCCGAUCAACCCAGUUUCAUCCUAAAGCCAUACAAUGCACUCGUGAUAGCACCAAAGUUACCCUCUUUACAACUUGGGCAUAUCGAAAAACAAUUGUCGUUGAGUUUUCUAGGCUCAGAUUUCGAGCCCACUAAUGUCGUACCACAAUUAAGGUCUAUCUUGAAGUUUGUUUUUGGUUGUUCCAAUGGUUUACUUUUAUGUGGAAACCCACGUCCAUGUCACAAAUGCAUAUACCACAUUUGCAACCCGCUUACUAGGGAUAUGUUGGAACUCCCUAGUGCUUUAUCUCUUUGUGAUCAUGCUGGGGUUCUUGUGGGUUUCACAUGCGACCCUUAUUAUUGUCUUGAAAAAGAGGUUGUCUCCGUUGUUUCUUCUUCUCAGCGCAAGUUUAGAGUGGUGCGCAUUCCUGCUUUUAGUGACAUGAGAUUUUCCUUUAAUGUUGAGGUUUUCUAUUCCGAGACAGGGAAAUGGAACCGGUUUGUUGUGUCUUGCCCAAAAGGGUUCGCGUGUGGGUUUUUUCUCAUGGCAUCAAGUGUUGAGCAUGAUGGGAAGCUGUACUUUAUGGGUGGAGGAAGGGUUCUUGUGUAUGAUCCUUAUAAUGAUGAACAAGUGGCCUCUAUCAUUGAACUUCCUAGUGGAUUUGGUGAACCGUAUAGAGGGUGCCUUGGAGUUUCUUGUGGACGGUUGCAGUUAUCCGAGUUCCCAAUUUUACCACCUAUUGCCACUGCCUAUGUGGGUGCUUACAGUGGCAGAGUUUGGGAGUUGCAAUUUUGUGAUUAUGGGAAAGGAGGAGAAACGACAUGGAAAAUGGUGCAUGAAUUUGAUCUCCCUGACAUUGUUGGACCAAUCUUUGAAGAGUUGAAAGUUGUAGAGGGUGAACAUGUAAGGGGAUGCAGUAGGAUUCUAGCUUUCCAUCCGUAUGCUAGGGACACUGUAUUUUUUAUGUUAGGUGAUCACAUCCUUUAUUGUAAUUUGUUAACUGGUAGGUUCAAGGUAACCAAAUAUAGUGGUCUUUCCUUAGUUUUUUAUCCAGUAAUCCCAUUUGUGCUUCCAUGGUGGCCAACUCCAAUUCCUCCAUUGCCUUCAUAG